AUGGCUGCUUUGAGUUAUGGCAAGAGAUGUCUUAAAGCAGUCCUAGACAAGAAUAUCAAGAACAAGAAAAGAAAAGUUACAACACCGGAAGAAGACUGUAACUUUUGGGUUAGGUCCGGGUUGGAUAAAGAUGGGUUUGAUGUGAAAUACGUGUCAGAUUACAAAGGCUUUGGAGUUUUUGCCUCGAGAUACCACCGGAAGGGUGACUUUCUUCUCCAAUAUAUUGGGGAUGAACUGACUGAGGAUGAGGCAAGGGAGAGAGAAAAAAGACUCCCAGAGAACAUGAUGUUCUAUUUUAACUUCAACGGAAAGCAAUUAUGGUAGGAUUCUUUCCUUUUUAUAUUGUCUGAUAUAUUUACUUUGCAUG